AUGGAUGGAAGCUUCUUUGCAACGUCCACGCCCGCCUCUUCGGCCGAGCAGUCGACGCCGACUGGUACGGGCACCGACAAUGGCUUCUUCUACUCCUUCUGGAGUGAUGGCGGCGGCCAGGUGACGUACAACAACAAGCCAGGUGGCGAGUACAGCGUUUCGUGGAGCGGCGGCAACGGCAACUUUGUCGCCGGCAAGGGCUGGAACCCAGGGGGUGCCAAGACCGUCGUCUACAACGGCACAUGGUCGACGCCGGGUAACGCGUACCUCUCGCUCUACGGCUGGACUACGGACCCGCUAGUCGAGUACUAUAUCACGGAGAACUACGGCAACUACAACCCCAGCUCGGGCUUGGCCAAGAAAGGCACCGUGACCAGCGACGGCGGUACGUACGACAUUUACCAAACCAAGCGCGUGAACCAGCCUUCAAUCCAGGGGACGGCCACAUUCGACCAGUUUUGGUCCGUCCGCCAAAGUAAGCAUACCGGAGGCACCGUAACCACGGGCAACCACUUUGCCGCUUGGCAGAAGGUCAACAUGAAGAUGGGCACCCCAGAUUACAUGAUUUUGGCAACCGAGGGUUACCACAGCAGCGGCUCUGCAGACAUCAUCGUCGGGGAGAAGUAG